CUCUCCUACAGUAAGUCUCUGAUCUCCGAAAGACAGAGACAUUGGGAAAGAGUAAGACAUGGUGUGAGUUGAAGCAGAAAAAUCAAAAGCUCAUAAACUCAGAGAUUACCCAUGGCUUCUUUCUCUAGUUCACCACUUCUUUACCUGUCGAAAAACCCUAUUUCUUUUAACUUCCCGCCUCCAAUAGUCUUCUUUCUUCCCUGUAAUCGUCAUGUGCCCUCGCUUCACCUGCGUUCCUGUGCCCUAAAAACUGGGUCGGACGGAGGCAGUGUUAGGAGCCGAGAUGGUUACAAUUCAGAGUUAUUGAGAAAGCCCGUCAUGUCGCCGAUAGAUGACGAUGCUGGUUCUGCGAAGGCAGCCGUUUCGGAUAGUGACGUCGGGGAACCUGCUGAAGAAGGAAAGAAGGGUUACAAUCAGUCGGAAGAAGAUGAAUGGGUUGAUUGGGAAGAUCGAAUUUUGCAGGACACUGUGCCGCUUGUUGGUUUCGUCAGGAUGAUCCUUCACUCUGGAAGAUACGGAAGUGGUGACAAACUGAGUCCUGAGCAUGAGAAGACAAUUGUAGAGAGGUUACUUCCUUAUCAUCCUGAGGUUGAGAAAAAGAUAGGAUGUGGAAUCGACUACAUAACAAUUGGAUAUCAUCCUGAAUUUGAGAGUUCUCGUUGCUUGUUCAUAGUCCGCAAGGAUGGAGAGUUGAUAGAUUUCUCAUUCUGGAAGUGCAUAAAAGGUUUGAUCAGGAAAAACUAUCCUUUGUAUGCGGAGAAUUUCAUCCUUAGACAUUUUCGACGGCGUAGAUCCAAAGAAUGAAUGAACCUAUCAAGCACGUACCACAUACCCUUCAUUUAUUGUUGUAUUUAGAAGAAGAAGAAAAAGUUGAAAGGAAAUGCACAAUGGCUUCAUACUAUUGAAUUAGUAUUGUGCAAAAUAUCAUUGUAUUUGUAACAAGCAAUAGGCAGGAAGGAAAAAAUUUUCCUCUUUUCAAAUUUUCCUUGAAAUUUGGUUACUCUUACUAUGGGUUUUGUUUGUUACACACCAAGGAAAUCAGUUGACAGGCUUAAUA